CGAACGUAGAUACCUACACAUUUGUGCUAUUCAAAGUUCAACAUGAUCUUAUUACGGAGUUUACGUGAUACGAAUAAAAAAGUUACGCUGUUAAAUUUAUUUCAGACAGUGGUUCAAACGAAUAAACUUCAUUUGAACAGUGUUUUACCUAAUAAAGACGAUUUUGUAAAUAUCAACCUUCAAGGCAACUCGUUGAAAUAUCCGAGCGUGUGGCUCAGGGACAACUGCCAAUGUGAACAGUGUUUCCAUCAGUCAGCCAAGAGCCGCAUCCUGAACUUAUGCAAAUUCAACGUCAACGUAAGUAUUAAAAGCGUUGUCCAAGACGAAACAUCUGUUCAAGUAACCUGGGACGACGAUCAUGUGUCUCGAUAUGCAUUGAACUGGUUGAAAUUCCGAAGUUUCAUGCCCGAAGACCAACUGAAAUACACCAAAACUCUGUACCGACCUGUAAAAACACCCUGGCAUGGCAAAGACUUCCACAAAGUAUGCGCAAAGCACGAUUACGAAAGGAUAUUGUAUUCAGAAGCCGCACUUUAUAAAUGGUUACAAGAUUUGUCCACGUACGGCGUCGCACUGAUACAAAAUACGCCAAAUUGUGAUACGGCUUUAGACGGAAUUGUGGAGAAAAUUGGCUUCACAAAAAGAACUCACUAUGGCGUGAAGUUUAUCGUAGAGAACGUUGCCAAUACCAGCAACGUUGCCUAUUUGUCCAGCAAUUUGCAAAUGCAUGUUGAUCUUCCAUACUACGAAUACUGUCCAGGUGUAAAUAUGUUGCACUGUUUAGUGCAAACCCUAAGUGAGGGUGGGGAGAAUCUCUUAUCGGAUGGUCAUCAUACUGCCAGCUAUAUGAAAAACAAUUACCCAGAUCAGUACAAACUCCUAACAGAUAUAGAAGUGGAGUGGAGUGACGUGGGAGUUGAACAUGGCAACGAAUUCUUUAAACUAUACAGAUCUUCCGUUAUAUGCUUAGAUAGACACGGUUAUGUUAAAAGAAUUAAUUUUUCGGUACCUCAGAGAGGCAGUCACUUUCCCGGUCCGAUUGAAACUGUUAAGCCGUGGUACGAAGCUCACAGUCUUUUUUACGAGCUAAACCAAAAGUUUGCUGCCCAGUUUAAGACUGAGGCAGGGGACAUUCUUGUGUUUGAUAACAUCAGAUUGCUGCACGGGAGGAGUGCAUAUGAGGAUAAAUCUGAUAACGUAAGGAAACUAAUUGGAGCGUAUGUGGAUUGGGAUGAAAUUUAUUCACGACUUAGAUGCUUGAAAGCAAAACUAAACCCUUUAGAAGGAAUUUAAACACAUUCACCGUUAGACCGUUAAGAAAUACUGUCCUUUGAAACCGUGCCUCAGCGAGAUAUCUUCCUUUCGGAAGAUGAUGGAUCAUUACACUAAAUAGAUUAUUACAGUAUUCUGGUAUGGUGCUGUAAACAAAUAUGUAGAUUUUAAACCACGUCUAGGUAUGUAAAAUUUGUCAGAUCCGACCAUCGUAUCAUUUCAUUGUAUCGUAUCAAGCUUCGUAUCUCAUGACGCCUUACAGAUUACUCCUUAUCAUAUAAAAUUGACCAGUUCAGUAAGAUUUCUUUUGAUGAUCGGACAAAAACGCACUCAAUAUGGAAGGGCCGGUCGAAAAUCCUAUCAGAGCAGCGGCCUUUCCAGAUAGUGUAGGUAAAAUAAUCCGUCCACAUACGAGAUACGGAUACAGUGAUCGAUUCGGCAGAAGAUAGAUAUCUGUAUCCAGCUUUAUAAUUUAUCACUUAAUUUCAUAUUAGUAAAAUAUAUCCACCGCGAAAUUCGUUAUUUAUUUCAAGUAUGGACCUAUUAAACAAAACUUGUACCGAUUUAACAUAAAAAAUGAAUUAGUAUUAAUGAUUGAAAUCAUUGGAUGUUUAUGAUCUGUGUAAUAGUCUAUAGUCGACAAGUUGAAAAUGGUACAAAAUAGAGAUAACUACUGAUCUUACAAUUUUGUGCGAUAGCUCAUUGGAUCCGGAAUGACGCCUAGAAAAAUAUGCCAUAGGGGUGUAUUAGCACAUAAUAAAUUGCAAAAGUUAUAAACAAUUAAGAAUGCGAUCGU